AUGUCUCUCAGACCUCCAUGUCCAGUCCAUGUCCCUCAGACCUCCAUGUCCUGUCCAUGUCCCUCAGACCUCCAUGUCCUGUCCAUGUCCCUCAGACCUCCAUGUCCUGUCCAUGUCCCUCAGACCUCCAUGUCCAGUCCAUGUCCCUCAGACCUCCAUGUCCUGUCCAUGUCCCUCAGACCUCCAUGUCCAGUCCAUGUCCCUCAGACCUCCAUGUCCAGUCCAUGUCCCUCAGACCUCCAUGUCCUGUCCAUGUUCCUCAGACCUCCAUGUCCAGUCCAUGUCCCUCAGACCUCCAUGUCCUGUCCAUGUCCCUCAGACCUCCAUGUCCUGUCCAUGUCCCUCAGACCUCCAUGUCCUGUCCAUGUCCCUCAGACCUCCAUGUCCUGUCCAUGUCUUUCGGGACCAGAAAGAUCUGAGAUGAGACCCCUCUCUUCCUCCUUCUGCUGCCCGCGGCCUCCUCACAUUUUGGGUUUGCCCUUGAUGUUUCCGGCUCUUGGUAUUUCGUCAGGUGGAUUAUUUGGUGGCCAGAAGUUGGCCCUCCAGGACAACGGUUUGGUGGAUGGCAGCUGUAAAUAA